AUCCGCGACUUGAUUUGACGUUAAAAAAAAAAGCCCUACGAGGGCCUUUGCACUUGGUAUUGGCAGCAUUAUUGUUCUGUUGAUCGCCAAGGUUUCAGCGAAAUCAGUUGUCGGUUUUGAGUAUUCCGAUCGAAACAAAAUUCCGUUUGGGAUCAAGAAAUUGGAUUUUAACUUAUAUAACUGUUUCAGACCCCAGUUUUAAUUUUUUUUUUUUUUUAAAUGAUGUGGUUGAAUUGUGCACUGACCUUCAGGAAUAGCGAGUCAAAGUCACCACCAGAAAGCAAAAGAACCAUUUAGAGCUGAUCCCAACCGGUGGAAGCGGAUCCAGCAGUUUGACCGCAGCGAGCGUCCUCUAGGCGCGACCCACGCGGGAUCCUGCGUUCAUGCAUGUGCUCGGCGUGUCAAAUGACGGGGUGCGUAGGGUAUAUAAAAGACUUUGAUAUUUUUAUAAUGGCUGCAUCCAUAAUGAUGCGUUUGGCCGGCCCGCAGGCUCACGUGACCUUCCUGACGGCAGGAAGCGCGAGAAGCCAUUUGCCUUUGCAAAACUCCUCGAAGGUGCCCCUGCACUCACAUCACAGGCAACAUUUGGACUUUAUGUAUAUACCUACUCAACAAAAUAUAUUUUGUUGACUUUAUUUGCUAAGCUAAUUCCAAUGAAGUUGGAAUGUUGUUAAAUCAUUGAAUAUACCACAAAGGUCGCCUUUUUAAGAGCACGGCUGCGUCCGCCCACUUUUAGCCGACGUUGAUUUGCUGUUGAUCGUAUUUUGAAGCACAUGUGUUUUUGAUCGUUCUGCCGGGAGUUUUUGGGACUCCGUGCAGUUUGAGCAAAUCCUCCACGAUUCCCUGCCAGCCUGGUCCGCCCGGAGCUGCGCCUGCGCCGCGCGCCACCAGGGUCUCCGCUGGAUGGCGUCGGCCGCGCGCACGCACGCUUGCGUCACUGGCGCGCCGGAGCGGAAGGGGGCAGGGCAGGACGGGACCCUCCCAGGGAGGCGAUCCUCUGAGGUGAUCCCCCGGUUUAAAAGGCGCUCCAGUUGCUGAGCGUCACGGUCACAGGCGAACCAACGGAUCCCCCCCGCCCCCCUUCCCUACCACCACUCCCACACACACUACAGAGGAACCCUUCUGGAUUCCCCCUCUUUCGUAGAAAAAAAGGGUUUUCGAACCUGGGGAAUAUUGCAACUGUAGUGCUUCUAUGGAUCACGAAGUGAAUCGUUUGGCAUCCGAAGCAACAGUUUGACAUCACUUUGUGCUCUUUGGGCUUCCAAAAGGAGAUGAUGAAAUCUGCCGAGGAGGACGCAUAUGGCUACACGCCCAAUGUCAGCCUCUCCAUCCCACUGGGCAACCCUUGCCUCACACCCCAGUACUUGAGCCUCCAGUCCAGCCCCGUCAUCUCGGUCUCUGAGGCCCACGUCUUCGACAGCCAGGACGAGCUGAGCGCCGCCGGCUACUACUCGGUCCGUCCGAACGGGGCUCCCGCCCUGGAGAGCCCUCGCAUCGAGAUCACCGCCUAUAGUCAGUUCCCGGAGGACGAGGUGGAGCAGGACAGCCUUCCCGUGGCUAAGCGGGUCAACUCCGUUGUUACAUUGACCCUCCCCAGUGCAGAUGGUUACCGCGAUCCAAGCUGCCUGAGUCCGGCCAGCAGCGUCUCUUCUCGCAGUUGUCAGUCAGAAGCGUCAUCUUACGAGUCGGGCUUCUCGUACAACUAUGACCAAUCGCCUCAAAACUCUCCCUGGCAGUCGCCCUCGGUGUCCCCCAAGGGUUCCACCCUGGCCUUGCCUAGUAGCUCGCCGCGACACUCCCCUUCCACAUCGCCCCGCAUAAGCGUGACGGAUGACCCCUUUGUUGGCCGGGGUAGCUCCAGGCCUAACUCCCCUUGUGGUGCCAAGAGGAAGUACAGCUUUAACGGUGGCGGGACGGCGCACAAGCACUACCAGCACACGCCCAACCACUCCCCGGGGCCGUCACCCCAAACCUCGCCCCGACUCAGCGUCAGCGAGGAUUCCUGGCUUCCUAACACCAACCAGUACACCAACUCGGCCAUCUUGGCGGCCAUUAACGCUCUGAGCACGGACGGCAUGGCUGACCUCGGGGAAGGUAUACCCAUGAAAGCUCGGAGGACCAGCUUGGAGCACAACCCCACCGUCAGCCUCAAGCUGGAGCCCGGCGGCGAAGAACUGACACCCGGGGAGUUCUGUCGAGACGAACACCUCUCCAACCGCCUGCCUCUGAAGAAGGAGGCAUACUGCGGGGGUUUCCUCGAUGUGCCUCAGCACCAAUACGCCUGGUCCAAGCCCAAGCAGUUUGUCAGCCCGUCUCUGCCGGCCCUCGACUGGCAGUUGCCAUCCAGCUCGGGACCUUACAGCCUACAGAUCGAGGUCCAGCCCAAGUCCCACCACCGGGCCCACUAUGAGACUGAAGGCAGCAGGGGGGCGGUGAAAGCUCUUGGCGGAGGACACCCCAUCGUACAGCUGCACGGCUACGUGUCCAAGGAGCCGCUGACGCUGCAGCUGUUCAUCGGCACGGCGGACGAGCGUCUGCUGCGGCCACACGCCUUCUACCAGGUGCACCGCAUCACGGGCAAGACCGUGUCCACGCCCAGCCACGAGGCCGUCUGCAACAACAACACCAAAGUGCUGGAGAUCCCCCUCUUACCCGACAACAACAUGCGAGCCAUGAUCGACUGCGCGGGCAUCCUCAAGCUGCGCAACUCGGACAUCGAGCUGCGCAAGGGCGAGACGGACAUCGGCCGCAAGAACACACGUGUGCGGAUGGUGUUCCGGGUCCACAUCGGACAGGCCGGCAACAGGACCAUUUCCUUGCAGGCCGCUUCCAAUCCCAUCGAGUGUUCCCAGAGGUCGGCCCAAGAACUGCCCCUGGUCGACAAGCAGAGCGUGGAGACCAGCGCUGCCCCCGGAGGCCAAACCAUGAAACUGGACGGGCAUAAUUUCCAGGCUGACUCCAAGGUGGUGUUUGUGGAGAAGGCUCAAGAUGGGCACCACAUAUGGGAAACCGAGGCCAAAGUGGACAGAGAUACCUCCAAGCAUAACAUGCUCCUGGUGGAAAUACCGCCCUACCGCAACCAGCAUCUCUCCACGCCAGCGCACGUCAACUUUUACGUCUGCAACGGCAAGAGGAAACGGAGUCAGUACCAGCGCUUCACUUACGUGCCUUCCGCAGUUGCGACCAUCAAAACCGAGCCGCGGGACGACUACGACGCCCCUCUGGUGUGCGCCCCCCUCGGGCCCAGCCUCUCCGUGCACCCCAAGUCCUACUUCCCGCCUCAGUUGACGUACACUCAGCAAACGUCCAAGCCCAUCUCGGGUUCCGCCCCGAGCACCAGCCCCAAACUGCACGACUUGUCGCUGCCUCCGCCCUUCCCCUUGCCCCACGUCUCCAUCAUCCAGGAGACCCCGGCUCGCUUCCAGCCGCCGUCCCAACCGUCCACGCCUGAGGGGGGCUUCUCCCCUGGUGGCAGCCCCGCCAAGGUGCCGGAGAGCGGGGGGCGGCCUUCGCUGCGGGACGACGGCAGCCCUCCGUCGUUGGGCGUCAGCAUCAAGCAGGAACCGCAAGAACUGGACCAGAUGUACCUCGAUGACGUCAAUGAGAUCAUCAGGAACGACCUGUCAAGCAUUUCGGUCCACAGCCACGCGUAGGACGAGGCAAAAGGACACUUGAAACGUGCCCAGGGCUCGUUUUUUUCCCCUCUUUUAGCCCCUUUCAGUUAAAAAAAAGGACCAACUAUCAUUCCUUGUCCAUCAUGUGCUGCACUUUGCCAACCUGUUAAGUCCUGAAUAUACAAAUCACAAGAAUUCGAAGGAAAAGUGCCUUUCUUACAACAAGCAAAUAUUUUAAGCACACAUUAGGUUGGUAUAAAUAUUUCCUUUUUAAGCAUUUUUCAAAUCCAAGCAAUUAAGCUGUGGUAUGGUGUUUUUUUAUGCUUUUCAUGCACUUACUGUACAGUUUUAAUGUAUUUUUUUAAUGCACUCUGACAAUCUAUUAUGAAUAAUAUUCUGUAUGACUACCAAAGAACAAAUCAUCUCAAAUCCAGGCAAAGCUUGACUUUACAUUGCUGCCAAGACCAAAGAAUUAAAAACUAAUCUCCGGCAAUAAGCACAUAGUAAUAUUUGAAGGUUUUUAAAUAUUUAUUCUGCUUGCAUGUGCUCUGUGUAUCCAUGCUUAUCAUGCAGCCUCUUACAAUUAGUUUUUUUCUUCUUCUAAUCCACAUGUAUUUAUGAGUCUUAAUUCAUCUCAUUGAAAUCUACCAAUGAAUCCUUCUUCGGCCACUUGUUAAACAAAUCCAACACGUGGUAGAUGA